CCCCCCUCAAUUCACCGUGAGAGAGAGAAGGAGAAGAAAGAAAUAAUAGAAGAGUGAAAAAAGAAAGAAAUAAUAGGAAGAGAGAGAGAGAGAGAGAGAGAGAGAGAGAAGGAGAAGAAAGAAAUAAUAGAAGAGUGAAAAAAGAAAAAAAUAAUAGGAAGAGAGAGAGAGAGAGAGAGAGUUUUAUGGUGAAGUUUUUAAAGGUUGAGGUAAAAUAAUAUAUAAAUGUAAGUUAUAUGGUGGGUUUUGUAGCGCUGGGUGUGGGAUUGUAAUUUGUAUGUAAAGCCGCCUUAUUUCCUCGAAACCACAUAGCAGUACCAAAUUUCUAAGAGAUUCUUUGACUUCCCGUGUUCGAUUCCCCAACAAAGCCCGCUUGUAAACUCCACCACACUACCAUUUCUUUUUUUCUUCCUCUCUUUCUUUCUCUCUCUCUCUCUCUCUCUCUCUUUUUCCGUCCGAGAGUUUUUUUGUUUUUUUAAAUUUUUUUUUUCUAUAUGACAUUUUGUAAAUUAUUCGGCUUCCAAUUCACUCUUUUUACCUUCCCGUUCCUUUCUCUAUCCUUCUCUACCUGGUUUCGUCUCCCAUGGCUUCCCAACAACAAUUUUCAGCAAUAAAGGGUGCGAAAGUGCUCAUGGUUGGUGCAGGUGGUAUCGGCUGUGAACUCCUCAAGACCCUUGCACUCUCUGGCUUCCAAGACAUUCAUAUUAUCAUGCUGGUAUACUGGGGAAUAAGAUUUGUCUUGAAGCUAUACUUCUACUAUUUUAUUUUUAUUUUUUAUUUUUUGGCCAUAAGAUAUUCAGUUACCAUAAUCUAACAGAACGGACUGGUGGUGGUGGGACUCUUUAUUUUUGAGUGACUUUGUCUUUGAAGACGAGUUCUUCGUGUCAAAAUGCCUGAAUAUUGUGUUGAUGCCAAUUCUCAUUGUUGUAUUAAUACUUUCCAUAAAAGAACCUUACUUGGUAUAUGUUUGAGCCUGGGAAUUUGGCUUUCACGUUAUGGUUUACUUGAUACACAAAUCAGAGGGAAGCAUAGAAGAAAUACACACCUGGGAAUACUUGUUAAUCAAUGCUUUUUUCUUGAGUUGGAAGCAACUAUUAUCUUAUUUCUUUUGGUGGGAUUACAUUUUACCUAUGUAAUUCUUUAGUGUAUCUUUUGGUGGGAUUACGCUAUACCUUUGUAAUUCUUUAGUGUAUGUGUGCUUUUUCUUCCUAGUGAUGGAUGAAAUAUCCUACUCUUUCAGUCAUUGUCUUUGUAUAUUUGCAAUGUCUGAUAGUUCUUUGUUGAUUCCUGUCUUGAUGCGAGAUCAUGUACUUGUUUAAGGCUGGUGGCUUACUCUCGCAUAAAUAAUAAUUGCAUGUUGCAGAUCAAUUUUAUUAUGAGAAUUCCCAAGGUUUAAUCUAACUUGCAUUCGACUUCUAUUUAACCUGACAUUCAUAUGUUAUGGAAAUGAACUAUUUACAAUCAGCUAUGACUUGUGAGAGAUUUCACUUUUCAUCAGCCAGAGAUAAAGUGGAUUUGCUAUCUCACUUAAUUGAUGGCCAGAUGCCGGGAGGUGGUGGUGUUGGUGUUGCUUGUACAGCAUGGCACCAGCGUGGCAGAGAUGGUAGCUGCCCCGCGCUCAUGUUGACAGAUGCAUCUUGACCUAUAAUGACUUCUGGUCAAGGCCUUUGAUUAUGAGCCUAGUUUUAAAUUUUCCAUAUUGUCAUGUUGUGUAACCACUACUUUCCUAUUGACAUUGUUGACAUGUUAAAAUUGGAGAAACCUAUUCCCUCGUUCUUUUCAUAUUCAUUGCAAAGUUAAUUUUUGAAGUAUAUCUAAUCCAUUCGUUUUAUUGGAAGAAAUUAAAUUUGUAGUUAAUUUUUGGUUCUGCUGUCUCUGCAUCCUGUAAGAUCGUUGACGAUAUAGCCUUAGAAUGUUAUAGUUUCAGUAGUUUUGAACAGGAAAUCAUAGGGUAUUUAUUGUUAUUUAAUUAUGUAGGUAUGUAAGUUUUUAUGUUGUAAGCAAUGCAUAUGUGCUUGUUCUUAGGUUAUGGUGUGGGUCUAGUUUCUGUAAUUUUGAGAAAUAGUAUUGGUAAUUGUUUCCAGUGAUUGUUUAUUGAUAUUAAUUUGUAGAUUGACAUGGACACUAUAGAAGUCAGUAACCUCAACAGGCAAUUUCUAUUCAGACAAUCGCAUGUUGGGCUAUCAAAGGCCAGAGUUGCUCGGGAUGCUGUUUUAAGAUUUAGGCCACAGAUAAGCAUUACACCCUACCAUGCAAAUGUCAAGGAUUCUAACUUCAAUGUAGACUUCUUCAAGCAAUUUAAUGUUGUUUUGAAUGGACUUGACAACUUAGAUGCGAGGCGACAUGUGAAUCGCCUAUGCUUGGCUGCUGAUGUUCCCCUGGUUGAAAGUGGGACCACUGGAUUCCUUGGACAGGUCACUGUACAUAUUAAAGGGAAAACAGAGUGCUAUGAAUGCCAGCCUAAACCUGCACCCAAAACCUAUCCUGUCUGUACCAUUACAAGUACCCCAACAAAGUUUGUUCACUGUAUCGUAUGGGCCAAGGACCUCCUCUUUGCAAAGUUGUUUGGAGACAAGAAUCAAGAAAAUGAUUUAAAUGUGCGUUCUAGUGAUGCCAGUAGUUCAUCUAACCAUGUUGAAGAUGUAUUUGAACGUAGAAAUGACGAAGAUAUAGAGCAAUAUGGCAGGAGAGUAUAUGAUCAUGUAUUUGGUUAUAACAUUGAGGUAGCUUUAUCUAAUGAGGAGACAUGGAAAAAUCGCAAUAGACCAAAGCCCAUAUAUAGUAGGGAUGUCCUGGAUAAUGAACUGACUCGACAGAACGGAAAUAUGGAUAAAAACUGUUCAACCAAUUGUCCAUCAUCAGUGUCUGCCAUGGCAGCUCUAGGCAUGAAGAACCCACAGGAUAUAUGGGGUCUCAUGGAGAAUUCCAGAAUUUUUCUUGAGGCUCUGAAGCUAUUUUUUUCAAAAAGGGAAGAGGAGAUUGGGAAUCUAACUUUUGAUAAGGAUGAUCAAUUAGCAGUGGAAUUUGUUACUGCUGCAGCAAAUAUACGGGCUGCUUCAUUUGGGAUCCCUUUGCAUAGUCUUUUUGAAGCUAAAGGAAUUGCUGGUAAUAUUGUGCAUGCUGUUGCAACAACCAAUGCUGUUAUUGCCGGGUUGAUUGUCAUUGAGGCAAUCAAGGUAUUGCAGAAUGACACGAAGAAUUAUAGGAUGACAUAUUGUGUGGAACAUCCAGCCAGAAAGAUGCUACUCAUGCCUGUGGAACCGUUUGAACCAAAUAAAUCCUGUUAUGUUUGUUCUGAGACACCUUUAUUACUUGAGAUCAAUACUCACCGUGCAAAGUUGAGAGACUUUGUUGAUAAGAUAGUUAAGGCCACGCUUGGGAUGAACUUGCCUCUCAUUAUGCAUGGAUCUGCACUUCUUUAUGAAGUUGGUGAUGAUCUUGAUGAAGCCAUGGUGGCAAAUUAUGCUGCAAACCUUGAGAAGGUGCUGUCCGAGCUUCCUUCACCAGUUACUGGAGGGACAAUGCUGACUGUUGAGGAUCUUCAACAAGAGUUUUCUUGCAAUAUCAAUAUCAAGCACAGAGAGGAAUUUGAUGAGGAGAAGGAACCGGAUGGUAUGGUUCUUUCUGGAUGGGCUCCACCUCCUACCGUGGAGGGUGCUAACAAGACUAUUGACAAUGCUGGAAGCACAUCAGAAGCUUUGCCGGUGGAGGCAGAGAAGAGUGAAGAGAUAGAAACUGCUCCUGGGAAGAAAAGAAAACUCAUCGAAGUUUCCAAGAAUGAUGGUACGAGCAAUGCGGAAGAAAUUAAAAAGAAUGAGAAGCUUCAAGUUCUUGAUGAUGAUGAUGAUGAUGACCUUGUCAUUUUGGAUGGUGGAGAUCUUGGCUUCAGCCCCAGCAAGAAGAAAUGUCAAUGGUAGUCCUUGCUUGGGACUUGUAUUUGGAGGGCUUCAUUCCAAAUUUUGUACCAGUAGGGAGAAAUAUUGAUUCAUUCAGGGUCAUAAUUGUUAUUAAUAGGUCUUUGUAGAUUGUUGCUUUGAGGUAGAAAAAGAAAUUAAUUGGUAACUCUUAACCAUUUUCCUUUUGUUGUACUUGUUGAUGCAGCAACAAUGUGUAUUCUUGGCUAAAAUUAACAUAGUGGCAUUGUAGUAAGAGAUGAAAACUAGGACCCUUAAGAAAUGCACCCGAAAAUUAGGGCUGUGAGUGCAUGACUUUAAUGUUGCAAUUUUCUUUGUUGAAUAUUUUGAAAUAAUUAUACAUAAAAUCUAAAAUUUCUGUC